AUGAGCGUACGCAAACGCACUUGGUGUGUGGUCAACCGGGUCAAGAAGGCCAACAACCUUGGCGCGUGCACGCACCCCGCAAUGUCCGCGGGGCAGUGCGUGUCGGCGGGGCCCGGGUGGGGCCCCAUCUUCUACAGCAGCGGAGUGGCAUCAGGCGCGAUCAAGGCGGAGGACAUGUGCCAGCGCUGUGCGUGCAACAAGGGCCAGUUCUCCAACUGCCGCCGCAUCAAGGGUCGCUUCCAAUCCCAUCGUCUCACCCGCCCCUCCCGGUUCCUCAUCUCAUUGCUUGCCCUUGUCUUUGUUCUCCCACCCUCGGCGGCCCACAACACUAUGGUGCGGCAUGGCAUGCCAGUGUGCGUGCCGGAGAAGGGAGCAGGCGCGGUGGCAGCACAAUGCGAUGCGUGCUGCAAGGGGGCAGAGGGCGACGCUAAUGUCAAGGCGUGCCUUGCAGCGUGCGGGAGGGUCACGCUUUGA